GUCAUAGGCAAGAGGAGGGUCUGAAUGCGCGUUCCUAUGCGCGUUCCUCUUGCUCCCUGCUUCCCAGUCCAAGCCUGGUCUAUUCGCUGACUCAGUGCCUUAAACAGCAUCAAGGUUCAUCGGAACAGAGCUUCAGCAUCCUCUGCGGAGAAAUACAUCAGCCAUGGCUAAAACUGUAACCGCAUACAAAGAGAAGAUGAAGGAGUUGUCCGUCCUCUCCCUUAUCUGUUCCUGCUUCUACCCUGAGACUCGCAACAAGCUCGUUUGUGAGUUUGAAGACAUGGAAGUUAAAGCUAUAGACAAACGGGCCUCAGGGCAAGCCUUUGAGGUAAUUCUCAAGCCCCAGUCUCCGGUGUCAGACAUUGCCCACAACCUUCCCUCUCCCCCAAAGAGGGAUCUCUCCCUGGAGGAGAUUGAGAAGAAACUGGAGGCAGCUGAAGAGCGAAGGAAGUACCAAGAGUCUCAGGUGCUGAAGGCUUUGGCGGAAAAGCGGGAGCAUGAAAGGGACGUGUUGCUAAAGGCCAUGGAGGAGAACAGCAACUUUAGCAAGAUGGCCGAGGAAAAGCUCCAGAUGAAGAUGGAACAGAUUAAGGAGAAUCGCGAGGCCCAGCUGGCAGCCAUGAUGGAGCGCCUACAGGAGAAGGAGAAGCAUGCCGCAGCUGUGCGCAGGAACAAAGAGCUGCUGAGGGAAUAGCAGCUAGCAUGAGCUUCACACAAUUCCUGUGGUCCGUCUGUCGAACCAUCCAUCCAUCCAUCCCUGCCCCGCCUUCAACCUCUCCAAAACAGACACUCUGCCCUGAAGGCUGAGAGGCUCAAGAAACUCACCACCACAGCACUGCACACCUUGUCACAACUAUCCACAACCAUCAGUAUUAUCAGUAAUACAGACAUCUAUGACACUCCUUUUACAACUAAAUAGAUUUGUUGAUUUAGCAAAAGUGCAACCAUAUGACUUUUAUUUUGUAAAUACUAUCUAUCUAUCUAUCUAUCUAUCUAUCUAUCUAUCUAUCUAUCUAUCUAUCUAUCUAUCUAUCUAUCUAUCUAUCUAUCUAUCUAUCUAUCUAUCUAUCUAUCUAUCUAUCUAUCUAUCUAUCUAGCUAGCUAUCUAGCUAGCUAUCUAGCUAGCUAGCUAGGUAGCUAGCUAGAUACCAGAUAGAAACUAGAUAGACAGAUAGCGGGUUAGCUAUCUGUUUAGCUAGCUAGCCAGAUAGCUUCUUGUCUCUCUCUCUCUCUCUCUCUCUGUAUCUCCCUCUCUCUGUGUCUAGCUGUCUUGCUAACUAGCUAGAUAAAAAGACUGAAAGCUAGUUAGCUAAAUUUCUUGAUAGCCAACAUUUUAUUUGUUUAUCUAGCUAGCUAGCUUGCUAUCUUUUUGUUAGUGACUGUUUAUGUUCUUCAAGUUUUACACCACAACUCUUAUCAUUUGAAAGGCCUGAGUGUUGGGAGUUGGCAGAAGAUGGAGGAUUUUCAGUGUUUUCUGAUGAUGUCAUGACGAUGACGACGACGAUGUUGAUAAAAUAUUUGUAUGUUUCGUGAAGAGUGACAGACGAUAUGUACGCUGCAAAUCUGGUUUGGGUAUAUCGCAUCUGUUAUCUCCCCCAUGCUGCCUACUCAUGCUCAGCACCCAUAGAUUCAGACCACUUCCUCUGAGAUGAUUUGUAUUGUUGUUAGGAAUGUAUUUGCCUAAAGGGAGUAACUAUACAUCUGCAUAUUCACACCUUUUUUCAACCAGUCAUUUGCCAAAUAAAUAGCUCUCCUAGGAAAAGAGAUGACUCUGGAGAUGAGUCUCAAAAAAUGAAUGAAUGUUAUGAGACCAAACUGGUAUACAGUGUCUUGGACAGUGGAAUGUGCUGUUGCUCUCAUCUUGAUAUUUGAUAGUGUGAACCUAAAAUAUGUCUGUGUGGGCGACUAGGCAUCAUUAGCAUCUUUUCUCCUUAGAGGUUUAGGUAGAUAAUGGAUGCAAGAAGCUUUACAUACAGCACACUGAAGUAGUCUCUUUUUAACCUUCAGAAUACCACUGAUAUCUGCCUGCGUAGUCUGCUGCUUGUGUUUUUUUCCUCUUCAUAUUUUUCUCUGUGAAAGCUUUGCUGAAUAAAGGUUUGGGAGUUCUGUGAACAUGGCAUGCACCAUCUAUUACGUUUCUGUAAUAAAACACAAGGGGAAUUGUAAACUGCCAAAUAAAAGAACCAGUUAUCUACACACCUUG